CGGGCCUGCGUCUCGUUCUACAGUCAGGGUAUAGCGGUCACGUAACUUUCUUCCUGUAACAGAAAUGUGAAGUGCUUUUUUUUAUUGAAAUUAUUGGAGAUAUGCUUUUACUUUUCAAAUUUUCUCCCGAGAAAAAGCAGAGUAAGUUACAUGACCGCUACUCCGAAGUGCGUUAACGCGACCAGCAAUUGCGUUGUAAUACGUCAGUUAAUCGCUUUGUCGGUCGCUUGUCUUGAUAGCGUGAUAUUUCGGUGAUGCUUCCUUGCACAGAUCCCGAAACUCAAUCGUUUAGACGUGACAAGGAGGAACCUUAAUAUAAAAAAAACUUUAAAUCUAAAAAACAGAUUAUGCCUCUCAUUUAUGACAGAUAUUGAAGCUGUUAUAAGUCUGUUGUGUGUUCUUGAAUAUCUGAGAAUUUUAACUAAAAUAUGUUUCUUUGUCAUAUCGAUAUUAUUAUUUUAUAUUUUAAUCCUGGAGUACUACUAUGUCUAAAUAUUCACUCGAGCUCUAAUUCAAUCUAAUUUUGCAUUAAAAAUUUGAUAACUUAACAUUUAAUAAGAUUUUGUUUACAUUCAAAUUUUCCUUCUUGUUUUUGUAAGUUGAAAUAAUAAAUUCUAUUUUGUUAAAAUAACAUUAGUUAUUCUAAUAUAUGUUGUAACUAUAAAAAAAGAAGGGUAAAAAGAUUCUUAAAAGUAUAAAAGAAUUUAUAGUCUUAUGAAUGAAUUAUCCAAAGUAGUGUUGAUAAGAACAAUAGAAACCACUUUAGAGAUUUAAAAUACUUAUAAAAUUUCAUGUUAAAAUUGUCUUAAAUGUCUCAAUUUUUCAUUCAAUUAUGAAAAGUAGAUACAUAGAUUUCAUAAAAAUUAACAAAAAAGAUUUUAAUUGUGAUCUUUAAUGUUCAUAGGAUACUUUUGAGAAAAUGUAUCUCACAUUUGUGUAUUAUACAUAAUUAUUAAAACAAAUCAGAGAGUUAACGUCAAUGGGUAGUACAGGUAUUCUAAGCCCAUUCAGUAGCUCUAGAUCUCAAGGAAACAUGAGUGUUACAUCACCCAUGUCAACAACCUCAUCGCCUAUGCAUGUCAUGGAUGAUUAUAUUAAUUUAACAAAUCCAGCAAUACUUGGCGAAGCAUACAUCAGCAUUUUAGUGCAGCCAGUGGAGAAAUUUAGAUUCCGAUACCAAUCUGAAAUGGUAGGAACACAUGGGAGUCUAUCCGGCUGUGUAUUUAAUGGACGUAAACGAAAUAAAAAUAAUGUACCUACUGUCAAAUUAAACAAUUUUGUGGAUAAAGCGAUAAUUCGUUGCACAUUGGUCACAACUGAUGAAGAUCUUAGGAUACCGCAUGCUCAUAGAUUAGUCAGGCGAAUGGAUAGUGCCGACGUGGGAGAUCCACAUUACGUUGACGUUUCGUCUCAUAAUGAUUUUACGGCCGAAUUCAGUGGCAUGGGUAUAAUACACACAGCGAAAAAAAAUGUCAAAGAUGAAAUAGUACAAAAAUUGCGUGAAAAAAAAAUAGAAGAACUCAAACGUUCGAAUAUAAAUGCUACUCUCAGUUUUCGUGAUGACGCACAGAUUAAAGCUGAUGCGGAGCAAUAUCAAAAAACUAUAAACUUAAAUAGUGUUGCUCUUUGUUUUCAAGGAUUUAUUAAAGAUGAAUACAAUAUUAUGAGACCGAUUACAGCGCCGGUUUAUAGCAACCCGGUCAAUAAUUUAAAAAGCGCUUUAACUGGAGAACUCAAAAUAUGCAGAAUAGACAAAUAUACUAGCAGCUGUGAAGGUAAUGAAGAAGUAUUCAUACUUGUUGAGAAAGUCUCAAAAAAAAACAUAAAGAUAAAAUUCUUUGAACUUGACGAUGACGAUACUGAAGUCUGGGUCGAUUACGGUCGUUUCUCGGAAUUGGAUGUUCAUCAUCAAUAUGCCAUGGUAUUUCGAACUCCACCAUAUAAGGAUCGAAAUAUUACUUCUCCAAAAGAAGUUUUCAUACAAUUAGAACGUCCUUCUGAUUCGGAUUGUUCUGAACCAAUAAAAUUCACAUAUAAACCAAGCGAUCGUGUGAUAGGUCGGAAGAGAACACGAGUCUCUCAUUCAAACAGUGCGGAAUUGACACAAAUGGCAUUUAACAAUGACACAACUUUAAUAAAUACAUCAAUAAUAAAUACGCCUUUAAGUAACGAUAGUACCGAAAUGUCUAAAGAAUUAGAAAAGUUGUUGAAUGAUAGAUGUUCUUCUAGUGAGUUUCGUGAGUUUUUUAAAAACAUAGAGUUUGAUGAUCUUAUGAUGUAUGAGAAGACGUUGAAUCAAAGCAAUGAAGAUAAGUUAACUUAUGAUAGUGCAUCGAAUAAGAAAGAUGACAAGUUAUUCGCGAAAAAUAUUAUUAUUAAGACGAUAAAGAAUAUCAAAGGUACAAGACAACAUAAAGCGAAAGAUAUUAUUAAAAAAUCUUUCAAAGACAGGACAACUUAUGGAGAUUCACCAUUACAUUGUGCGCUUCGAUACGGACAAAAAGACAAUGUAAAGCAUAUUUUAAUGCUUAUAAGCGCUUUAAAUACAGAUGCUGAAGAAUUAGUAAACAUUCAAAACAGUUCUGGAAAGACUCCGUUGCAUUAUGCUGUUUCUCAAGAUCAACCGGAAAUUACAAAAGGUUUGCUCACGCUUGGUGCAGAUCCAAAUAUAGCAGACCAUUAUGGACAAACGCCAUUGCAUAGAGCCGUAAAAUUUCCAGAAGCAGAAGGGAACAUUGAUGUGUUAUUAGCUGAAAAAGAAAUUAAUAUUGAAGCAAAUACGGAUUUAGGGUGGACAUCUUUGCAAUUAGCUGCCAAAGCGGGUUCGUAUUAUGCAGUGCGCGCUCUCGUUAAAGCUGGCGCAGACGUUAAUAGUACCGACAUGACCUAUGGAAGAACUGCCUUGCAUAUAGCAGUCGAAGGCGGUCACAAAGAUAUUGUUGAAUUUCUGUUAAAAAACACCAAAAUAGAUGUAAAUAAAAGGAACUUUAGCGGAAAUACGGCACUGCACACUGCGAUAGUUAUACCAGGAAUAAAGGCCAAAGAAAUAUGUGCCCUUCUAUUGAAAUAUGGUGCUGAUCCAUACAUAAGGAAUUAUAAUCGCGAGUCAUCUGCCAAUGAGGGAGAACAGAUGGAGGGCAUAAAAACUGAAGGGCAUUCAGAUGAUGAAAAUCCGGAAGAAUGUACUGGGCAAUCAUCUUUCGAUUUGGCAUCGAACAAGCCAGAUAUUUUACAACUCGUAUCUGGUCAAAGUAGUAUGUUAAUAGACAAUGCGAUUAAAGAGGAAAAUAUAGAUGAUACGCAGAAAGUUUGGAUGGAUGCGGAUCAGGAAAAACAAUUAGCAAGCAUUCUGGAUGAGACAAAAGGAUGGAAAAAAUUGGCACAACAUUUCAACUUCAAAUAUCUAUUCGAGAUCUUCGAACAGAGCUCCAGUUCGACAUUGUUACUUUUGAAUUACAUUGCUAUACAAACCGAUACAUCUCUUAGUGAAUUGCGAAAUAUACUACAAGAUAUUGGCGAAGAUGAGGCUGCAACAUACAUGAAUCAAAUUUUAUCUGUGAAGGAUGAAGCACACUUUUAAGUUAAACAUAUUGAAUUUUGUAUGUACAGUUUAUGUUAUCAUUGUAAAUUAAAUUGUAAGAUUACUAUUAUAAAAAUUGUAAUGUGUUUUAAUAAAACUUAGAUAUUUUUAUCAUUAAAAA